CGAGGCUGGAUGAAAACGAGAAUAUAUUGCUGUUGAUGUUGUCGAUAUUGUUUGUGUUUUGUAAGGUUCUUUGGGAAAGAAACAACUAAUGUAGGUUUCUUCGAUAUGCCAAAGAUGAAAAAGGAAAACAUCAAAGGAAAGAAAAAAGAUUCUGAUGACAUCAAUGGACACAAACCCCUGAAAAAUUUGUUGAAAGACAAAAAGAAAAUCAAGAAGAAAAAGAUUGGGAAUGAUAAACUCCUGCAGCUAAAGAAUGGACAAGGAAAAAAGAAGUUGAAGAAAGAGAAUUUAAAAAACAAACUGAAAACUGGAAGGAAAGAGAAGUUUGUUAACAGUAAGGCUCAAAAAGUUCACUUUGAAGCACAAGUGAGACCAGAAGCAAAUGAACAUGUUCUUUUCCCGUGUGGUUCUUGUGGCAAAGAAGUGAAUGACAACGAUGAAGCAAUUCUUUGUGAAGCUGGUUGCACUUAUUGGUACCACAGGAUUUGCACAGGAAUGGGCAAUGAUGCUUAUGCUUUACUUACUAAUGAAGAUAAUGCAGAAUGGGUUUGUGACCAAUGCAUUGCAAUGAAGCACAUACCCCUUGUUAGAGUACAUUAGUCUAACUAUAUAUGUAGUAGCAUGUAUAAAUUAAUUGCUUUAUUGCAUCUUAUUGCAUUUAAGUGUUUCAUUGUAAAUUUUGUCACUUGUAAACCAUCUGUAACAUACAAUGUGUAGGUAUGUCA